AUGAGCUCGAAGAGUCUAGCAGGCCUUUCCGGGCGAAAUGCCUCCUCUACGGCGCCAUUCGUGAUUGACGUUUCAAAAGACCCGGCGCCUAGGGUCGUCGCUUCGAUAUGGGCUAUGAUUUCGGUAUCGACGGUCUUUCUGUUCUGUCGUGUUUACUGCAAAAAGAUCAGAUCCCGUGGCUUGUGGACAGAUGACUAUCUCUUGGUGGCGUCUUGGAUAUUCCUGCUAGUCUCGACGUCUCUCACCACAGAGCUUAUGAGACUCGGGUUUGGAAAGUCCCUAGAUUUCUCAGCCCAUAUUUUCACUCUGUCGUCUGUCAACGUCGUCAUGAAUAAGGUCGCCUUGGCCCUCAGCAAAACGUCCUUUGCAGUCACAAUGUUGCGCAUUGCGUCUGGAAAACUGAAGGUUUUCAUUUGGUUUCUGAUCAUAUCCAUGAACGCAGUCUUGGCAACCAGCGCUGUUGUCGCUUGGAAGGCGGCCUGCGACAGGCCGUCAGACUCUUAUGAAGCUGUCCUACCCGGAUCCUGUUGGCGAGUGGAGGAUUCGGUCAUUAUGCACAUGGUGUCGAAUGCAUACUCGGCACUGGUUGACUUCAUCUUGUCGCUGCUUCCAUGGCCAAUGAUAUGGAGACUAGGCUUGAAGCGCCAUGAAAAGAUUGGCGUUGCUGUAGCUAUGAGCCUCGGUGUCAUUGCAGGGUUAGUCGGGGUGAUCAAGGUCAUCAAAAUCGUGACUAUUGCCGAGGGCGCAGAUAUACCAUAUCGUCUAUCUCUGCUCUUUAUAUGGGGACAAGCCGAGAUCAACGUCACAAUCGUUGCGUCAUCUAUCCCCGUUCUGCGAGUCCUUUUUACGGAGAUGUACGCAACGUCGAGAUCGGACGAGAGAAAUGGAUACUUGAAGUCGGAUGGACAGAGUGCCUUUCCAACAGAAAUUGGCAUGAAUACUCUAGAGGAGGGAAGGAAGAUAGAAGAAGAGACGAACCGGAAUGUUCUGCUCGCCAUGGGUCCAUCGACGGCCACCAACUCCGCCAUGAGAGCUCACGAGACUGAGAUUGGAUACAAUGCAAUGGACGAGAUUACGCAGGGAACACAUAAGCACACGUUGAGGAACUCUGAAAGCUACGAGGGAAUUGAGUUAGCGAGAGCCCUGAGGUGA